GCGAGCAGCUGGCCAUAAAAAAAGAUCGAGAAAGAAAGGGAAAAGCACAUAGUCCCUUCAAAACACAAACCCAGACAUGCUUGCUCUCUCACCUAUUCUCCCUGACAUCUGAGGGUGGGGGGCCACUGUGGAGGAUUUUCCAGCCAGCAGAAGUGAGCAGGGAGGAAGGCAAGAAGAAGUUUCUUCACAGACAGGCUUGGAUCACUCUGCAAGACAAUGCAUUCCUGUCGAGUUUUACCUGCUCCUCUUUGGAUUUGGUAAUUCUGUAGACUGUAAGUUCUUUAAACGGUCUGAGAGAGAGAGAGAGAGAGACUGAGCACAAGAAUGCUCCCUCAGGUCAUAAGGAUUUUAUACAUCUUGUCUUUUUUCUUUUUCCAAGGGGGCUUUAUCAGACUGGGCUCCUGUAAAGAGGAGAUAAAGUCCUCCAGCAGGCCAGCCCCGAAACCAAUGUCCCCAUCUGACUUUCUGGACAAGCUGAUGGGAAGGACCUCCGGCUAUGACGCUCGCAUCAGACCCAACUUCAAAGGACCCCCAGUAAAUGUCACCUGUAAUAUUUUCAUCAACAGCUUUGGAUCCAUUACUGAGACAACUAUGGAUUAUAGGCUUAACGUUUUUCUACGCCAGCAGUGGAAUGACCCUCGACUGGCCUAUAGUGAAUAUCCUGACGCUUCUCUAGACCUGGACCCUUCUAUGCUGGACUCCAUAUGGAAACCUGACUUGUUCUUUGCUAAUGAAAAAGGUGCAAACUUCCAUGAAAUCACAACAGACAACAAGCUGCUGAGGAUCUUUCAGAAUGGGAAUGUGCUAUACAGCAUUAGGCUAACACUCAUCCUGUCUUGUCCCAUGGACUUGAAGAAUUUCCCAAUGGACAUUCAAACCUGUACCAUGCAGCUAGAAAGUUUUGGCUACACCAUGAAUGAUCUGAUCUUCGAGUGGCUUUCUGAUAGCCCUGUGCAGGUGGCGGAUGACUUGACUCUUCCUCAGUUUUUACUAAAGGAGGAAAAAGAUCUUGGCUACUGCACUAAACACUACAACACAGGUAAAUUCACCUGCAUUGAGGUGAAGUUUCACUUAGAGAGACAGAUGGGCUACUAUCUCAUUCAGAUGUACAUCCCCAGUCUGCUGAUUGUCAUCUUGUCUUGGGUGUCUUUCUGGAUCAACAUGGAUGCUGCCCCUGCUCGGGUGGGCUUGGGUAUCACCACUGUGCUGACCAUGACCACCCAAAGCUCCGGUUCACGAGCCUCUCUACCCAAGGUGUCCUAUGUGAAGGCCAUUGACAUCUGGAUGGCCGUUUGUCUGUUGUUUGUGUUUGCUGCAUUGUUGGAGUAUGCAGCAGUCAACUUCGUCUCAAGGCAACACAAGGAGUUCAUCAGGCUGCGCAAGAAGCAUCGAAGGCAGAGAAUAGAAGAAGAUCUUGUUCGGGAAAGUCGUGGCUUUUACUUCCGUGGGUACGGACUGGGCCAUUGCUUACAAGCGAAAGACGGGACAACUGUGGAUGGGUCCAGCGUAUUCACCCCUCCACCCCCAGUGCAAGUCCUGUAUGACGGAGAGGCCAUUCGGAAGCGUUUUGUGGACCGAGCCAAGCGAAUCGACACCAUAUCCAGAGCCGUCUUUCCUCUCAGCUUCCUCAUAUUCAACAUCUUUUACUGGAUCACCUACAAAGUGCUGCGACACGAGGACAUCCACGCCAGCCUGUAAUCACUCCACCUCUCCUGGUUACGCCACUUGUUCAUCUUACUGCUUCUUUUCUUUUCUUAUAGCUCUUCAUUUAAACCCAAAACCGGCUGUCAUACUCACACUAGAAGUGUAUUUCAAAGGCACA